CGGAAGUCGAGUUCGCGCCAAGCACUGAAACCAUCAAGAAGUUGACACAAAAGGAGCAGUGAAAAAAAGAUUGAGUUCUCCAAUUUCUGCAAUUAAACGCAACAAUGUCCACCGCCGUUCAGCGCAAACUUGAAUUCCCAGUGAGAAAAUCGUCGAGACUGCAGAAAAUCGUACCUCAAACACAAGAUGAAUCAGUGCCAAAGACUAGAUCAACAAGGAAAUCUGCGAGGAAAACUAGGAAAGAUGAAAACACACCUGUUCAACAAAGUGAAAUGUCUCCAAGAAAACGGCACAGUGAUGAUGAGAACCAACCAGUUUUCAAUACACCAAGUCCAUGUAAAAAGAUAAAAAAUCAGGAUGAAAACCUGUCACCUCAACGGCGAGAUGAAACUCCAGUCAGAGGGAGUCUAGCUGCCAAACUUGCUGCAGCGAAACUGUCGGAUGAAGCUAUCAAGAAAGAACUGUCUUCGCCAAAAAAAGAACAAAUCAGGACACCUUUGUCCCCGAUCAAAUCACAGAUGACCAAUUAUCCAGAAACAAGGUCACCAUUGAAGACUCUUCUACAGGGACGACCAUUAUUGUCUUCACCAUGUAAAUCUCCGAGAAAGCUGCUUCUCUCCUCACCUGCCAAGUCUCCGAGAAAGUUGCUGUUUGAGCCUAAUAGUCCACACAUGUCUCCUAGGAAGUCACUGUGUCAGACAAGUAGUCCACACAAGUCUCCGAGGAAGUCGCUGUGUCAGCCAAGUAGUCCACUGAAGUCUCCUUCUAUGAAACUUGGAAAGCCAGACUGCACAGCGUAUCACAAAGCCAAGCAGAUGUUUCACACUGCAAAACCGGAGCGUUUGAUUGGUCGAGACAAAGAGACAGAAGAGGUUCGGUCAUUCCUGAAGGGUCACAUGAGCAAAAAGACAGGCGGCAGCCUCUACAUCUCCGGUGCUCCAGGAACAGGCAAAACCGCUGUGUUAACGCACAUCAUUGAUGAGUUGAAGAGUGUCCACAGCUGUAAGACUGUGUACCUGAACUGUAUGACCCUGGACAAUUCUUCCACUGUGUACGGCAAGCUCUACACAGACAUAACGGGCAAGAAUGCCCCCACUGCCAAGGAGAGGUUGAGAGCUGUUGAGCGAGUGUUGACGACAGAUGGACCAUCAAUUGUUAUGGUUCUGGAUGAGAUUGACCAACUGGACAGCAAGAAUCAAGAGAUCUUAUACACCAUUUUUGAAUGGCCAUCUCUCAAAAAGUCUAGGCUCAUACUUGUCGGUAUAGCCAACGCCCUAGAUCUCACUGAUCGAGUGUUGCCACGGUUACAAGCCCGCCCCAGUUGCCGUCCACGCCUCCUCAACUUUGCUCCGUACACGAAGGACCAGAUCUCUGCCAUACUAAAGGACAGGAUUAAAGAUCUGGAGAGUGACCUUGUGGAUGUGGUAGCAAUCCAGUUCUGUGCACGAAAAAUAUCUGCAGUAGCGGGCGACAUGCGUAAAGCCCUUGAUGUGUGUCGAAGAGCGGUGGAAAUGGUGGAGACGGACGUGCGAUCACAGAAAGUCCUGCAACCCACUGCUUCAGGUUUAGCCAGUCCAAGCAAACAGUCCCCGAGAAAGAAAGUGCCUAAGAAGAUCAGCGUGGCUCACAUCAACAAUGUGUUGUCUGACGUAUAUGGCUCUGGAGCUGCGGCCAAGCCACAAGAGACCAUACCCCUACAACAGCAACUGGCCGUGUGUAGCUUGCUGCUGCUCCUAAAACAGGGAAAGAUGAAAGAAGUGCCUGCUGGAAAGCUGCACGAGACUUACAGUAAGGUAUGCAAGGGCCGUCAGAUGGCAGCGGUGGACCAGUCCGAGUUUCAGAGCAUUCUCACCCUGAUGGAGUCCCGGGGAAUCAUUGGCAUGAAGAAGGCAAAGGAAGCCAGGCUCAACAAGGUAACACUGAAGUUGGAUGAAAAAGAAUUAGAACACACCAUGCAGGAUAAACUCCUUGUGUCCAGUAUUCUACAGGAGGGCAUUCCAAAGUAACCACUGGUCCAUCAAAAAACAUCUACAUAAAACAUGUGCUUCCAUAUCAAUAAUGUUCAAUUAUGAACCAAGACUCGAUGACCAGUAUUAUGGGAGACGCAGAGGAUUUCGCAAAGUGACCACUUCUCAACAAGAGGACAGCGUCCAGGCUUUCUUCGGUGGUUAUUUUAGGAAAGUGACCCUAACCCAUCAAGUUUGAUUGUGCCUGUUAGAAACUUUGAACAAUAGCCCAUCAAAGUUAGAAAAUUGAAGGUAAAAAUCAACUGGAUAUUUUGUCAGGUCAUUCAAUCAUUACUAUUUAUAAGCUGCAUGCAAGAGAGAAAAAAACACCAUCUUUGUCAUUUAUUUGUCAAACUCAACUUUUAUUUCCUGAAAGAUUUUUUAUAUCUGGAAUAGUGAAAAAGAAUACAUUUUAGCAUUGGUAAUGUAGCCGAAUAACAACUGUGAAACAGCUGAAACAAAUCCCUGUGUAUUCUUCUAAAGGUUGUUGUUUGCGUAUUAUUUUUUAAUCUGCUGCUCAUUAUGACUUAAUUUACUGAUCUUGCCUGCAGCCUAGCUGUAAAUAGCCUUAUUCUUGGGUAUUUUCAAGGUCACUUCAAAUGCACUUAUCAAUUACAUGUAAGAGAUUCUGUGGGAAUUAGAACAGGCAAAAUGUUGUUUAGUCAAGAGGUAAUUUAGCUUUAAUAUUUUGAAUUCAGAAUAAAUCUGACUUUGACAGAAAAAUAUUGAGUUGUAGGUUCACAACUUACUAGAACCAUCAGACCUUGUCAGUUAUAUAUUUAAAAAAAUGUGUUUAUGAAAACAUUUGUCGGUCAACCAAUAACAAUUAUAUAUACAGACGAUGUUCUAAAUUUUCCAGUGACCACUGAUUGUAAGGCAAUGUUGCUAUAUUUUCUAAAUCAAUUGCAUUUCUCAUUGGGCCUAAAAAAAAACACAUUUGGUUCGGGUUACCCGACCCUACCUACGGAAUAGGCGCCGACCCUAACGUUUUUAGUCAGUUUGAAAAAAAAAUGAAAAACUAAAAAAAAAAAAAUCUUUUUUUUUUGCUUUUCAAUAUGUAGUUUAAAACCUUAAUUGCUUAUAUAGAAGAUAACUUUAACACCAUUCUCCAAUGAUGAAAAUGACAUUCUUAUAUAAAGCCUAAUAAAAAAAAAAAAAAAAAAGCCUACCUACCCUACCUAUUUUUGAAAAUGAUGUAACCCUAACCAAACAAUUAUUUUUUUUAGGCCUUGGUGAUAACUUAGAAAAGUAUAUUACACUGUAACAAAGUCAUUUUAGGUAUAUGAGAAUGUUCAGUUAAAAUGAUUGUGACCUGUUGUAACAUAUAGCUAGUAUGAAUGAAAAUGUAUGUGCCAAAUGAUAUGAUAAUUGUACAGUGUGUUGAGUGGGAGACUUUCUUGUGUGUGGAAUGCAAAAUGUGCUAGACUUGUCUGUGUGUGGAAUGUUUAAUUUGUUGAAAGGAAGAAUGAAUGAGUAUAGAUGCUGUAUUAUAUAUUUGACAAAAGACACAAAAAAACAUGUUAUGUGUAAUUGUGAAUGAAAUGUGUGCAUGUAUUAUUUUAGUGUUAGGCUACAUAAAUGAGCUUAUUUAUGAAAACUAGUUACUACCUUUCUUUUGAUGUAUGUACAUGUAUAUAUUGUCACCUUACUGCAAUAAGUCAAUAUCUACUUCAAUUUCCAUAUGCAGUUAUUGAGUUAUUGCACUAAGGUGCCGAUAUAUAUGCAUAAAAAGGUGUAAAAAAAUAUACUUUUAAAUUAUUUUUAAAAACAGAUUUUUAGCAUUAAAUUCAGGUGUUGCCCAUAAUAAUUGGCAUUAUGUAUGUUUUAAUAUAUAUUUAAUAACUUAUAGGCCUUUGUAUUAAUCUUACCAGUAGAUCAUGUAUUGAAUAUUUGUGAAAGUAUAAAUUAGUUGAAUGCACUUUUCAUGUAUUAUUUAUUUUUAAUCAAUUUUGAACAUGUAAAUCAUUGUCUUUCAGAGUAAUCUUUUUUGCUCCACCCACUGUGUUCAUGUGAUGAAAUAUUUAAUUUAUGUUUAUUGACAUUUUUGAUAUGUACUGUGUAUGAAAUUUCAGUUAUUUAGGAGGAAUUUUUAUACAAUAACUAAAAACAUUGCUCAGAAGUCGAAAACUUUUUUGGAAACUUAGUUUCAUAUGCUACUAGCCUACUAGGAAAAAAACACAUGCACAUCAAGGGGCUGUUUUCAAAAAGCAUUGUAGUCAUUUCAUAGCUUUAGUUAAUUUCUUAAAACUUUCAUAGUCAAAUUAAAACAAAUGAAUAAAUGUUACUAACAUCAAAGAAUGCUUUUUUCAAUAAGGUAAAUGAAAAUAAUUUUGGAAAUCCGUUUUUGUUUUUUUUUCAUUUGACUAGAGAUACUACAAUUAGAAAAGUGACUUAAGUUAGUAAAUGGCUUGAAAAGUUUUAAGAAUUCUGUCCAAGGCCUAUAACUCAGCUUAGUUAUUGAAUUAAUAGAAAUAAAGCUUAAAACUUCGAUCAGAAGUCCAAAAUCCUAAGAAAAAUGCACCUUAUUACAUAUGCUUCCAGAAAAAAAUUCACAUGCAUAUCAAGGCUUACAACACCGCUUAGUUAUUUAAGUAGUAAACCAAGAUGAGAGUUGAUAUUCCCUCCAUAAGGCACUCGUUUAUUGUAAAUCAAGAGCAGUCCCAGUUGUGAUCAUUUAAAUGGGCAUUAAUUGAUAUUAAUAACUUAUUCAAAAGGUUCAUGAUUUGCCUACUUUUUAUUCCAUUUGUGUUUUUGUGAAUGACUGGGACACUGUUUUUACUAUAUUUUCUAGUACAAGCAACAAAUAUAAAGAUCGAAUAACAAAGAAACCGAGAAAAAAAAUACAGACAAGAUAAAAAAGAAAAGAAAAAAUAGUAGUUAGUACAGCCAUUAUUAAUCAAUUAUUUUUGUUUUUUACAGAAUAUACAAUGUCCGUGUAUGCAAUGUUUCAAUUUGUCAAUUAUGAAUUGUUGAAAUGUUUAUAUGUAAUCAUGUACUUGCCGCAUCCAACUCGAUGAUGCCCGAAUCAAGUGUUUUAUUUAAUUGUGCAUGUAAUUCAUUGCAGAUAUGUCAAUUGUGAGGUAGUGUUAAACACAAUGUCUCUAUGAAAUAAAUAAAAGA